AUGCAGACUGAAGACGCAAAGAAGCGGAGGGACCACAUCAAAAGCAAGGGUCUGGCAAAAGUUAUCUUUGAACACGAGCACGGCGACGCCGUCUGCGUGCAAUACCACCCGAAGGGUAUCAGGGACGGCAUCGACAUCGCCCUAGUACUGAAUCUUGUAGGUGGAAUGAUGCCAGAGCUCGACAGCCUCGCGCCGGGGCCGAACAACCCUACCCCUCUCAAAUCACGUUUCUCUCCAUGGCACGCAUGCGGCUCGGAUCACAAGGUGUACUAUCCAGGGAUGAAGCGCAGCGAACACCUGACGUUGCAAGGCUGUGUUCUGCGACUGCAGCCUGGCGACAGCCAGCACGAAGCUGCGUCGCGGCAGUGGGAAGAUAUUUUCGGUGUGGCUCGAAGCCGUGAUCUGCUCGCGUUCACAAAUGCAAGACUAGGCUUCGUUGCGGGGCAAGAAGGCCAAAAUGAAGGCCUCGUUUCAAUAACGGUAGGUGUAAACGGCACGAACAACAUGGAUGCCAUCAAAGAGAGGGCAAGGCAAGCUGGUGUCUUUGCAGAUGGGCAAAUCAACAUGUGCGGCGUUCGGUGGAACAUCUCCUUGACGGGGCAUAUGGAGCCCAAGGGGAAACUCUAG